AUGCCGGAGCAGAAAGUUAGGAUUGGAUUCGUCGGCGUCGGCAACAUGGGGCAAUGCGCCCACCUGAAGAACUAUGCGAAUUUAGAUAUUUGUCAGGUAGUUGCGAUUGCUGAGAUACGUGAACCGCUGCGCCGAAAGGUUGCUGCCCGCUACGGCAUCCCAAAUACCUAUCCUACACACGAAGAGAUGUUGCAAAAUGAAGCGUUAGAUGGUAUCGUGGCUGCCCAACCUUUUGGUCGAUAUGGGAUACUUGUGCCUGAACUUCUCAAGGCAGGGGUCCCCGUCUUUACCGAGAAACCGCUUGCUGCUUCCAUCGAAGCGGGCGAAAAAAUUGUGGAUGCCAUGAGAACGAGUGGGACUUGGCAUAUGGUUGGUUACCACAAACGCAGUGACUUAGCAACGAUGUACGCAAAGACGGAAAUCGAGUGUCUCAAAGCAUCGGGUGAACUUGGCAAAAUGACCCCUCCACUGGAGUGGGACGCACCUGCCCCCGACAUGAAUGACGAGCUUCGGAACCAGUAUAACGGUUUUGUCAACUAUUACAUCCAUCAGAUCAAUCUGAUGCGCUACCUGCUUGGAGAACCCUAUACGGUUACCUAUGCCGACCCUUCUGGCGUACUGUUGGCAGGGCAGAGCGAGAACGGCAUCGCUUGCACUAUUGAAAUGUCCCCCUACAGCACGACGAUUGAUUGGCAGGAAUCUGCGCUUGUGUGUUUUGAGCGGGGUUAUAUAAAGAUUGAAUUGCCAGCACCGCUAGCGAGUAACCGUCCGGGUCGCGUUGAGAUACUGCGGGACCCCGGUGAAGCCGAUCACUUCCGUACACUGUGGCAGUCACAGGGGACAGUCGAAUUCAUACGCCUCGACCCUAGUGACCAGCGAAACCUCGGCGAGAUCGCCUCACAUCCCGCCGAAAUCAAACGGCUCGCGUGUCUUAGUGUACCCGUGACGUUGGAAUGUCUACAGCGUUUCACGGGACUAGAGGAAGCAACCUUCCAAGGCAGCUACGGUAGUAGCGUAUCAGAGGGACCGAUUCAGGAACAUAUCCAGCAGGCAGGAAUCACGGUUUAUAACCAUCCGACCGAAGGAUUUUGGGGGCAAACUGUGGCAGAGUACGGUCUUGCGUUGACGCUGUGUGGAUUGCGUCGCAUCCCACAACUACAUCGUGCAAUCCUUAGCAGCCUAGUACCCUGGGACUACGAAGCACCCAACAGCAUGGGUCGUCCCGGGGGACGUGGGCAUCAAUUUGGUGAUGACUCAAACUUUACCAGUGGCACAAUUGCAGGGAAACGGGUGCGUAUUGUCGGUGCCGGAAACAUUAGCAGUCGCUACGCCAGUUUUGUAAAUAUGCUGGGUGCGGAUGUAGCGGUUUGGGAUCCGUAUGCUAGUGAGCCCUGUUUUCAUCGCGCAGGUUCUCGGAAGGAAUGGCACCUUUCUGAAUUGGUUAAAGACGCUGAAAUCUUUGCACCGAUGGUGCCUUUGUUAGAAUCAACGCGGGGCAUUGUUACUGCAGAGCAUAUCAACGCGCUGCCGAAAGGCUGUCUAGUGGUUCUGGCAACGCGUGCAAGGAUUUGCGAUAUGGAGGCAGUGCGAAGGCGGGUUCUUACUGACGAAUUGAGCCUUGCCGCUGAUGUCUGGGAUGUGGAACCACUUCCGUUAGACGAUCCACUUCUGGGACGGCAUAACGUCGUCCAUACGCCACAUAACGCAGGACGGACCAUUGACGCCAACCGGGCAUGGGCGGAGAAAUUAGUGGUACAAUUUAAGCCACAGUAG